UAGAAUUCGUCGUUGCCAUCGACGAGGCCCGUGUUCGAUUCACGGAUGAUGCAUCUUUUUCAUUUUUUACUUUUUUCUACUGUUCAAUUGUCUUUUUGCUAAGCCAAUUGCAGACAGGUAGGUGCCAAUAAAAUCGUACCUAUGUAGUAACCACGGACAGAACCAUGUGGACAUACACACCGCUACACUGCCUCAACGACGUCACCGUCAUCCAGCAACUCACCAACCCAACACAAUUAGUCUACUGAGCACAACUCCUCUCCUACCUAAACUUCGGCAUAUACCAUGCAAUAAUAUAUAGAUAAGAAGGCAAUGGACAAACUCACCCUCUAUAUCCUCACCUUCAAUUGCGCCCGCAACCCCAUCGACAUUGAGCUCUUCGCGUCGCACUUCUUCCACGCCCUUCCCCACACCGUCCCCUCCGCACCACCGCACCUCAUCGUCCUCAGCCUCCAGGAACUCGCGCCCAUCGCCUAUGCCUUCCUCGGCGGCUCCUACCUCACACCGUACUUUACCUCCUUCCGGCAGGUCGUCGACCGCGCGGCGGCAAGUCGCUGGGAGGAUGCGCAGUAUGUCACUGUUGUGGAGGACCAUGUGGGGAUGACGGGGUUAAUGGUGUUUGCGCGGUCGGACGUCGUCGGAAGGAUUGCGUCGGUGCAGACGGCGCACGUCGGGCUGGGGUUACAGCAGAUGGGGAAUAAGGGGGCUGUAGGGGCGAGGCUGGGGUGGAUGGUGGAGUCUGAGUCUGAGGCCGCCGAGACGCCGCCGGUGCCGGUGACGUUUGUCGCGGCGCAUCUUGCUCCUGCGGAGGAUGCGUUUGAGCGGCGGAAUGAGGAUUGGAGGGGGCUUGUGGAGAGGUUGGUUUUUAGUACCACUACAACCACAAACCAGGAGGAGGAUUCGGAGAGCGCGGCGUUGCUUGGUUCGUCGACGACUGGAGAAGGUGAAGGUGAAGGGGUGUUUACGGCGGGUUACCUCUUUCUCGCGGGCGAUCUCAACUACCGCACGUCCAAUACGCUGCCGCAGCAGGCGGAUUUCGCGCGUUUCCCACAGCUGGAUGUCGUCGACGCGAGCGACCCGCUGCAUUACUCGCGGCUGCUUCGCGAGGACCAGCUCACCCGUGAGCGAGAAAAGAACCAAUGUUUCCAGGGCUUGUCUGAAGCGCCGAUCACCUUUCCGCCGACGUACAAGUAUAAACUUGGGGCGCGGAAUCCACGCCAAUGGAAGUUUGUCCACAGUCGCUGGCCCAGCUGGUGCGACCGGAUCCUGUAUUUGGAGUCUUCGACGGCGACGGUAACGCCCUACCGAUAUGAUGUACUCCCUUUGUUCCCGACGUCGGACCAUCGAGCCGUUGCGCUGGCGGCGGCGGCGGAGGUCCUGCGAUCGGCCCAGGCCGGUCCAUCAGAUUCAGAAGCUGCACCUGCGACAGACGUGCAGCAGCAGCAGCAGCAGCAGCCGCAGCCGACGGCUCCAUUCCCGAUCGACCGGGAUUGGAAACGCAAACGAGCUGAGGCCCGACGCAAAGAGCUGGUGGUGGGUGGAUUGGCGUACCUGGGGUUGACCUGGGAGGGCCGUCGGUACCUGGUGGGCAUGGUCAUUGGCGGGUUGGGAGCGUGGUUCGUGCUGCGAUCGAUGCUCAGCGUCUGAUUGCGUCCGGUAGUUAUGACCUGCAGUAGCCUGUGUCAGACGUGCAAGGCAUCUGUUUCCAGACAUCUGUUUCAAGAUCGCGAUCUCGGGACAGGCCAUGUCGAUCCCGAUAUAUCGAUCUGACCUGGGCAAGGGGGCCAGACCAGACGUGAUACAGCGAUUGUAUGAUCGCAGCAGCGGCUAGCCAGUAGCCCAUCGAUUGAACUGCAGCGCUUCUAGAAUCCUAGAAACUCCUUCCGAAAGCGGGUCCGCCGCAUCACCUGCUGACGAGGCCAUCUGCGCAGCACUUGUCAAUUUCUCUCACAAGUCAUAAAGUCAGUCACAAGUAGUAAUUUGCAGAUCCAGGCACUAGGGUACUCCCGGC